UAAGGCUGCUUCUUGAACCCAAAGACCCUGAUCUGAAGUCCAGAGACGCUGUUCCUGAAUUCUGGACACGUGCCCUCUGUGGUUCCAAGACACCCCUGCUGUGGUCCUUGUCAAACCUGUGGAUGCAGCCAAACUUUGUUGGAACCCCAGACAUCUGUUCUCACAGUGCUAUUUGACCAAGAGCGGCCAUGGUCUGGAAGAAACUGGGCUCCGGCAACUUCUCCAGCUGCCCCAACGGCUCCCUCGAGUGGAUAUGGGACGUGUUUGGCGAAUGCGCCCAGGACGGCUGGGACGAGGCCAGCGUGGGCCUGGGCUUGAUCUCCAUUCUCUGUUUUGCAGCAUCCACCUUCCCCCAGUACAUCAAGGCCUGCAAGACAGGCAACAUGGACCAGGCGCUGUCUCUGUGGUUCCUCCUGGGCUGGAUCGGUGGAGACUCCUGCAACCUCAUCGGCUCCUUCCUCGCCGACCAGCUGCCCCUGCAGACCUACACGGCGGUAUAUUACGUACUGGCGGACCUGCUGAUGCUGUCACUGUACUUUCAUUACAAAUUUAAGAAACGCCCCUCGCUGUUGUCUACCCCCAUCAAUUCUCUGCUCCUGUUCAUUUUGGCAAUGGUGUGUACCACCCCACUGCUGAGGAGUGCUGGCCCCGUGACUGCCCCGAGCGAAGUCUUCCGGGGGCGGACGCUUCUGUCAGUGGAGCCGGGCAGUAAGCCCUUCACUCGGCAGGAAAUCAUCGGCUUCGUCAUCGGCUCUGUCUCCAGCGUGCUGUACCUGCUCUCCCGGCUGCCUCAGAUCCGCACUAACUUUCUGAGGAAGUCGACCCAGGGGGUCUCCUAUUCGCUGUUCGCGUUGGUGAUGCUGGGGAACACGCUGUACGGGCUGAGCGUGCUGCUCAAGAACCCCGAGGUGGGUCAGAGUGAGGGCAGCUACCUGCUGCACCACCUGCCCUGGCUCGUGGGCAGCCUGGGCGUGCUGCUGCUGGACACCAUCAUUUCUAUCCAGUUCCUGGUGUACAGGAACACGGCCACCUCCGCGGAGCGCCAGCCCCUGCUCCACAGUUGACAGGGACCCAGGCCGAACCCAGGACAAACCGGGACCUCCAGAUGCCACACCCAGGAAGGGACAGCUGUGGGCAGACACGGGGCUGCUGACCGUGGACUGGAUCGUGGAGGAGGCUGGGGGUGCCUUGAGCUCCCCACCCACCUCUGAAAUCUCUGGGCUGACUCCCGGGAGCCCCGACCGACUCUUCAGGGAGUGAGUGAGAGGGGCACCAGGGCCAGUCCCCCACCCUCUUGGGACACACACCAGUGUCUGAGGCUUCUGUCCCUGGAAGCCUCGAGGAGGGCCUGCAGCCAAGACCUUGGCCUCCCAGAAGGCAGCUGGCGCCCACGAGCUCCCCUCCCUCCAUCUGUCUGCAUGCGCCCCGGAGCGGGGCGCAGGUGCAGCCGGGUGCAUCCGGGGCCAUCCUGGUGACUCCGGAAGCCCAGUAAAUGGUACCUCCCAGCGAGGCCUCUUUCUGUCCUCAUUCCUGAGGUGCUGGGGUCUGGGCUGCUCUGGGCGACAGCGGUGGAUGGUGAUCCGGGCCCCAGCUGCCGGGUCUCAGGUGGGGGCCUAAAGGUCCGGAUGUGGCAGAGCCGAGCAGGAGCAGAUCGCCCAGCCUCCUGGGGACCUCUGGUUUUCUCACCUGCUUCUCAUGGUGGGGACACAGCAGCGAGGACGAUGCUCUGACAAGGUCCCGGUUCCUCUGUGCUCAGGAAGAAGCAGAAUAGUUAGGUUCAGACCUUGGUUCUGCAUCUUAAGCUUGUCUGCGCCUGUUACCUCAUCUGUGAAGUGGGAUGACAACAUUACCAUUUUGUAUUUCCUUCCAGGAUGGCGUAAUUAACGGAGGUUAGCCCCAAAGUCUGGCAUGUAGUAAGAGCCUAAUAAAGCUUAGCUUUGGUAAUUUUCA